AUGCACCAGCAGUCACGCUCGCCCCCUCUAAACACCUCUUCUGCGAGGAAAAAUGGCAGACAAGCUCAACAAUUGGCAGAUGACGACUCUAACUCAACUGGAAGAAGAAGUUCAGAAAUGUUUGGUUAUAAGGCAUACGAUGAAGGAAAUGGUAAGAAUGCCAUUUUAUCAUCCAACGGACCUAGUCGAGAUUCCAUCAAAAAAAUUGAUCAAAUACUUCAGAACUUUCACCUCAAAGCUGCUAUCCUUGUUUUACAAUCAAGAAUCUUGCUACCUGUGGUAAUCACGCAAGAGGGCUCGAAGAAAGUAAAUAAAUGGUUCCAAAUUGAGACUGACGAUACCAAUUCUUUCCGUCAAGAGCUGAAUGUAUGGAGACAUUGUGAUGGUUAUUCAAAUCGACCCCCACCCCUAAUCAUAGAGACAUAUAUUGAUACAAUGGACCUGGCUGGAAGCCAGAAUUUAGUCAUUGUAGAUGAUUCUGGGAAGAGAUGGGAUGUGAAUGAGGCCUUAAAUUCAACAGGUGGUGUCUCCUCGCGGUCCACAAAAAUUAAAACACAAGUUGUUUUGGAGAGAUGGAGGUUCGAACUAAAAGACCCACCCGAUCAAAGUCCAUACGACUUUGGACCUAUCCUGCCCACAAUGUAUAAAAAGUUCAUUGUCUUCUUCAGGUCUCUAUAUGCAACAACCAAGUUCGUGCCGGCAGGGCGAUUUGUACGAAUUCUGGGAAAAAAUAGAUCUUCCGGUAGCACACUCAAGGCAAAGUGCCGAAUUGUGAAUGGAACUAUCAACCACGGUAACUUUGACCUACUCACGCAUCCUCUAUAUAACAAUGGAAAUAUCCCAGUCACGACAAAUUAUGUGCUUGGAACGACCGAAACCCCUGUAGGUCAAAUCGUCGCCGAGGUUUCAUAUCGCAAUGACUGUAAUUUCAAGGUAGAUGACUCAAGGUCAUUAUUAGGCUCUAGAUUCAUAGGCGCAGACGACUAUUUUUUCCAGCCAUCACUAGGAACCCAGAUACCUAACGCCUACAUGGCAAAUCAAAAAGCCAUAGUGGGAUCACUACCUGUCAAUCAACAGCAAACGUAUGAUCAAGAACCUAUUCAAACAUACGGAAGCCUGUCAACUUUUCAUGGAGAUGCGCCUCCACAUUGCUCAAGCCCUAUCUCAGCAUUACGAGCUGUUAAGAAUAUUGAUUCAGAUUUAAGCUCACCACCGACAGAAUCUCUUCCAAAACUAAAAGCACUACAGACCUCCCGGAACUCGAUAAAAUCGAUAGACGGUACUACGAUGGGAAGAAGACCAUCUAUAUCAUUCCAACCUUUCAAAGCUGGGUCCUUAUCAUCGUCUCCCGGUCAGACAAAGUAUACUCAACGCGUUGAAACAUCACAACCUCAAUCUUCAGAAUCUUCACUUCGCACUUCGGGCGUAAACGCUAUUAUCCACACGAGAAAUCGCUCUUCGCUAGCUGCUGGAACACCAGCUACACUGCGGAGUAGUCCAAUCCCACAUGAAAACAUUGUACCUUCAUCAGUUUCUAGUUCACCUAAGCCCGUCUCUACAAGUAAGUAUAGUAGCAGUUUCAACCGUCGGAGAGGCCAAACUCAAUACAGCACUGCCAGUAAGAUCCUUGUAAAUGAUGAUCAAAGCAGCAGCGGAAGGCAAAGCUUUUCCUCAUCCACUCAACGCGGCUCUCUUCUACUUGCUGAGGCUAGUAUAGGGCUUAGCCCUGAAUCCCUUCAAACUGAUGAUGAUAAUAUUUCCGAGUUUUUGAAAGUUCUUGAUCGGCAGAAGACUCUAAAAAGCCUUGAGACAUCAGCUGAUACGACUGCAAAGAGGACAAGUGCUCUGUUAUCAAGGUAUCAAUCUCUUAGAGAAUCGCAUAAUGCUUUAACGGAAUCUAUGGGCUCUUCAGCACUUCUACAUCGUUCUUCUAGCUCUUCAAGCCGCCAACUAUCUAGCAUACCGCCCAUGAUGGCGACAACCUCUAUAUCAUCUUCAUCUUCUCCAGGAAAGCCAGUGUCCCCUCACACUCCCCAUACACCAGCAAUACCAUCGCGACUUAGUUCAAACUCUAUCGCUGAGCAUUCGGAACCACGACGCCCCGAUUCUCGGAGUCUAUCAACUCUGGAUGCACCACCGCAGGCUGUGGUUGAUGAUCCGCUGAACCUGGUUAUAACUAGUGCAAUAGAUAUACCUCACUUUCCUCGAAUACAUUAUCGAAGAUCUAAUUCUGCCACGCAAAAUAGACCUAUGGCAAUAGAUAAUAUAAGCGAUUUGACUUUUGGUGUUCACCGAAGUAUAAGUUUGGAUGCCAAUCAUAAGGAAUCACCUAGUCCAUGUGAGCUUAUUAGCCUAGGCAAAGCUAUUGAAACUGCUGCAUCUUUCCCGAUACCUAUGCGCCACACUAAUGCGCAUCCAUCAAAGCCAAUUGAUUCAAAACUGUGCCUACCUUCUUCAGAAGUAAAAGAAACCGGAGUUUCAGAUGAAUUUAAGAUACAAUCACACUCUUCUCUAAACCAUCAGCGCUCGGCUUUUAUGCGACAAUCUCCUGUAAACACUGCUUCCCUGCUUACUUUUGGUGCAAGUAACAGCCCACACAGUCGACCAAGUGCAUAUGAUGUAAAUAGACGCUUAAGUAAUCGAUACAUUAUGGCUGGAAAUACAAACCCUGCCUAUGAACCUGACGAUGAGCCCUUGCUAUUUCAGAUGAGCGAGAUUGGUCGCGAAAACCCUAGGACAAGCUCCAUAGAUCAAGCUGACCCCAAGGGCGAACCAGAUACAUAUUGUUACUCUCAUGGAACUAACUGUGAGGAAGAAUCAUGUAGAAGAUGGUAA